AUGAUAGAAGCAGUAUCUCAUGAAGAAUUGUCUGAAGUAUCUAGUCCUGAAGAACAUCAAGAAGUGAAGGAACUAUAUCAGCCACUAAAAGUUUACUUGAGAGUUCGGCCCUUCUCAAAGGCAGAGCUUGAAAAUAAUGAAAACCAGGACUGCUUAAUUAUUGAAAAUCAAGAAACAGUAACACUCCAGGCUCCAAAAGAAUUGGCACAAAUAAAAACUAAUGAAAAGAAGAUUGGACAUUCUGCACAUCAAUUUACCUUCACAAAGGUUUUUGGACCAGAUACAACGCAAAAUGAUUUUUUUGAAGGCACAAUGAAGGACAUUGUAAAAGCUUACCUUGAAGGAAGAAAUGGGCUUGUUUUUACUUAUGGCGUUACUAAUGCAGGCAAAAGUUUCACUGUCCAAGGUUGUCCAAAAGAUGGCGGCAUUCUUCCUCGUUCCCUUGAUAUGAUCUUUAAUCAUAUAAAAGGAAGACAGUAUUCGAAGAUGAAUUUAAAACCUUGCUUCAGUAAUUUUACCAAAAGGCUAAAUGAUAUGCAAGUUAAGCAAGAAAAAUCCAUGAAAGCUGCACUUCUUUUUUCUUUGAAAGAGGAAACUGAAAAUAUUUGGAAACCUUCAGAUUCAAUGUCAUAUUGCUACAACUCACCAAACCUUCCUUUGGACCAGUUAGAUUACAAGACUGAAUCUGUAAAAUCAGAGGCUUACACCAUUGGUCAGAAAACCUUGGCAUCACUUUGGGUUUCCUUCUUUGAAAUUUAUAAUGAAUAUAUUUAUGACUUACUGGACUUACUACCAGUCUUGAAAAAUCAGAAGCGUAAAGUUUUAAGAAUCUGUGAGGAUCAAGGAGGAAACUUUUACAUUAAAGAUUUAAAAUGGGUCAAUGUUUCAAAUUCAGAAGAGGCUUGUAAAAUACUUAAAAUAGGAAACAAGAAUAGAAGCUUGGCAUGCACCAAGAUGAACCAGCAAUCUAGCCGAAGUCAUAGUAUAUUUUCUAUUCGACUCCUCAGUUUGAGUGAUGAAGAUGUGCCAUGUACUCUUGGAAUCUCUGAACUUUCUCUCUGUGACCUGGCUGGUUCAGAAAGAUGCCAUAAAGCUCAAACCUUUGGAGACAGACUGAAAGAAGCUGGCAAUAUUAAUAAUUCUCUUCUUAUUCUUGGAAAAUGCAUUGCAGCUCUAAAACAAAAUCAAAACACAAAAUUAAGGCCAACUUAUAUUCCUUUCCGAGAGAGCAAACUGACUCGUCUCUUCCAACCAUUUUUCUGUGGUAAAGGCAAAGCCUGCAUGAUUGUCAACGUUAGUCAAUGUGCUUCCACAUAUGAUGAAACACUUCAUGUAAUGAAGUUUUCUGCUGUAGCAAAACAAGUUAUUCCAACAUUUCAACACAAACUCUUCGAUUAUUUUCCUCCAAAGUACAGCAGAAGAGAAGAUAAACCUACAGUGCAUUUUGAUGAUGCAUCAAUUGAGACAUUUCCCACUUAUGCCAACAUUCCCUCUUCCUCUGAAGAUGAGGAAAUAGAUAUUACUAUUCUGAGCCACGAGGAUCUCUUGAAAACCACAGAGAUGCUAAAGAGUAAACUGAUUGCCGAGAAACAAAGCAAAUUACUUCUUGAAGUCGAAAUACGCAAAGAGAUGGCCAAAGCAAUGUUUCAGCAACUUAUGGAAACAGAAGAAGCUUGGAGUAAACGCUUAGAAGACUUGAAAGAAAGUUAUGAAGAAAAACUGGAGAAUAAAUUUGUAAUGUAUAAAGAUGCCAUAAAGAAGCAUGCAUAUACAUGUGCAAUGGAUCAAGUUGAAGAACGUUAUGUUCCAAUAGACGAAUUCAUAGCUGAACAAGAAAAGGUUCAGGAAAGAGAAAUGAAAAUACUAGAGCUGAAACUAAAACUUGGAGAACAAAAUAGUCUGCCUUUGGAAAUUCCCGGUUCAAACUCUACAGAAUGGAAUCUAGUUAAUAAAAUCACUGAAAUUGAAAAUUCAGAAGUUAAAUGAAAUGUUGCAAGAU